GCAUAGACCAUAAUGGCUAACAACGAAGUGGAAAUCCAAGAGCCCAUUCCUCUUGUGUGUGGGUUAUGCUCGGAGUACUACACUGACCCACUUAUACUUCCAUGCCUUCACUCCUUCUGCAUGAAAUGUCUCGUUAAAAUCAAAGAGGAGCAAGGAAGAGAAGAGUCAUUGAAGUGUCCCACCUGUGAUGCUAAUGUUCCAUUGCCUUCAGGUAAAGUUAAGGGUCUGACUCAGAAUCUUUGGUUGGCUCACAAGGUCUUAGAGGCUACCGUGAGGGAGAAGAUAAGUAGCAAGGACAGCAUCCCGUGUGACCAGUGUACAUCAUCGAGUGACGAUGCUUCUGUAGCAUUUUGUUGUUCAUGCUGUUUGUUUUUGUGUGAUUUUUGCAAGAAAGGUCACAAACGAAUGAAGAAAACCGUCCACCAUGAAUUAAUUGAGCUAGGAGGUAAGAAGAUUGGAGAUGUUUCCCCCGUUGUUAGCCGUCAACCAACAUAUUGUGCUGUCCACGAUGACGAAAAGAUCAAGUUUUUUUGCCAAGACUGUGAGAUGCUCGUCUGUCGUGAUUGUUUCAUUGUAACUCAUAAAGAUCACAAUCGUAUUGAAUACACUGAAGAAGGAGAUGCAGCUCGUGAAGCACUGAAGGAAAGUGCAGCAAAAUGCCAUGAAGCUAAAGUUUCUGGUACUUUCUUUGAAUCAAUUGCUAAUGGGGAGGAAAUGCUGCGACAGAUAGACACACGCAAGGAAGAGAUUGAAAAAGAAAUUGAGGAAACAUUUACAAAACUCAAAACCAUUUUAGAGGAACGUCGCAGGUACCUUCUAGCAGAGACAGAAGAGAUUGCUAGCGCUAAGAAAGAGUCGGUUAAGAAGCAGUUGAAUGAGUUUCAGAGGCUUGAGAAUGGAGUUCUGCUCGGUUGCCAACUAGCCCAAUCUGUGAGUGAGUGUGUGGAUUCUGGUGAAGUCCUUAGCAUUAAGAAAUUAAUCACUGAUCAAUUGGAGAGGUGUUUAAAAGCAUCAAAAGAACACCCUCGUGAGAUACAGGAGGAUGGGGUAAUACUAACAAAAUUGGAGGCUGUUGGCAUAAGCAAUGAGAUCAAUGGAUUUGGAGGUGUUUUUGAGGUUGAUCCUGAUCGCUAUUCUAUUGAAUCUGGGUUAGCUAUUCCACUGGCAACAGUAGGGAAGCAAAGGAAAUUCAAGUUGGCCAUCGAUACUCCAUUGUCUCUGGAUAAAGCUACUGCUCAUUUAAAAACCUCUUUUGUCAAAUGUGAUGGGACUAAAGAGGAGGGUAAAGUUGUUAUAGCUAAUGAUAACAAGGCAGCCACAAUCUCAUGCACACCUCAAAGUAUUGGUCAGUACCUUCUAUCAGUCACUGUAAGAGGUCAUCAUAUUAAAAGUAGUCCUUAUGGUCUAUCUGCAAAAGCAUCAAAGAAUUAUGCCUCACUUCCUAAUUUAGGUAGCUAUAAUGUUGGGAAUUAUACAUAUGGUGUUGCUGUUCAUACUAAUGGUGAUGUGUUUGCUAGUGAUAGUAGCAAUGGCUUUGUACAGGUUUUUAGUCAAGAUAGGAAUAAGACACGAACUAUUGGUACAAAAGGCAAUGGUGAUGGUCAGUUUCAGAGUCCAUUUGGUUUAUUGGUAGUAGGAGACAAGCUCUAUGUGAGUGAUAAUAGCCUUCAUCGUUUACAGUAUUUCUCUGCCAUUACUGGUAAGUAUAUUGGUCAGUUUGGCACCAAUGGCAAUGGGAAAGGGCAAUUUUCUAAUCCUUAUGGUAUGGCAUCUGAUGGUAAAGGAAAGAUUCUAGUAGCUGAUUACAGUAAUAGCAGAGUACAAGUAUUUGAAGAGGAUGGGACAUUUGUUCAAGUCAUUCAAUGUAAUGGUACUCCAGCUGGUGUAGCAGUUGAUAAUGAUGGAAAUAUUCAUGUGACUAUUUAUAAUCAACAUUAUGUACAGGUGUUCCCUCCAGAAGGUACAAAUCAGCUUUACACAUACAACAAUCCUAAUGGCUACUUGAAUUAUCCUACUGGUAUUGCUAUUGAUGACGAAGGAUACAUCUUUAUCCUAUCCCGAUAUAGUAGUACCAACUAUCUGAAUGUGUUAAGUCCUCAAAGAACACAAGUUAAUUUAAUCUCACAGUUUCAUAACAGUAGCACUUGCUAUGGUAUGGCAUUGGAUAAGGAUGGGCACAUUUACGUUCCUGAUUAUUAUAAUCGUCGUAUUAUGAAAUACUGACUCUAGACUGAGUUGAUAACAAUGGUUAUUAUAGAAUCCUAGCUUUUUGUAUUUUGGUAGAGAAAUAAUUUUGUACUAGUGUAUUACUUAAUACUUAAUUCUUUUUUUCAUAAUAAUAAUAAUAGUUAAACUAUAAUCUUUCUUUAUGUAUUGUUAGUCCAAUUGAGUUUAAUUCUUUUUCAUACUCUA